AGACAGUAACCUUCGAUCUCUUCCUACAAUAUUUAUGUGCAGGCCAGGCACCUUCACCACCUACGUACUUGUCAUGAAUUAACAUAGCUAGCUAGCUACUCGUGAAUUCUAGCAGCAGCAGCAGCUUUACUCAGAUCACAAUGUGGUGGCCGUCCGUUGUGGUUGUACUAUUGCUUCAGAUCUCCAACUUGGUUGCACCACAGUCCAUCAUCAACACUCUUCCUGGUUUUACUGGGGAGCUUCCCUUCAAACUCGAAACUGGUUACAUUGGCGUUGGAGAGUUAGACGAGGUGCAGCUAUUUUACUACUUCAUCGAGUCUGAAAGGAGUCCUAAGGAUGACCCUGUUGUUCUUUGGCUCACCGGUGGUCCUGGUUGUUCCGGUCUCUCAGGCCUUUUGUUUGAAAUUGGUCCUUUAUCAAUCAACUAUGCAAAUUCUAGUGGGAACAAACCAACAUUGGAACUGAACCCCUACUCGUGGACAAAAGUUGCCAACAUAAUAUUUUUGGACGCACCUGUUGGUACUGGAUUCUCAUAUGCAACAACUUGGGAGGCUUACAACGUCAAUGACACAUCAUCAGCGGCACAAACCUAUGAAUUUUUAAGAAAGUGGUUUUUGGCUCAUUCUAUGUUUUUCUCAAACCCCCUCUAUAUUACCGGUGAUUCUUAUUCCGGCAUACCCGUCCCGAUUGUCGUUCAAGAAAUUUCAAACGGUAACGAAAUUGGACAUUUGCCACCCUUGAUUCUCAAAGGUUUGGUGCUAGGUAACCCACUUACACACAGAAUUUUUGACAUGGAUGCAAGACUAAAAUUUGCCCACCGGAUGGCACUCAUAUCCGAUAGACUUUAUGAGUCAACUAAAAGAAACUGCAAAGGAGAAUAUAUAUAUCCAGAUCCAAGCAAUGCAAAGUGCAUAGAAGAUCUUCAAGUAGUUGAAGAGUGCAUCUCCAAUAUAAUUCUUAACCAAAUAUUGGAACCAAAUUGCGCUGCACAAUCCCCAAAGCCAAAUAAACUUCGGGAAUGGAGCGUUCUCGAUGACAACUUCAUAGACAUACACACCUCAACACCUCAAGUUCCAGGGCCAUGGUGUCGGAGCUAUAAUUAUUUGUACUCCUACGUUUGGGCAAAUGAUAAAACAGUGCGAGAGGCUCUCCACAUCCGAGAGGGAACCAAAAUAGACUGGGAGAGAUGCAAUAAGAGUUUAGCAUAUACAGAGAAUGUCAUAACGAGUAUUGAUUACCACCGAAACCUCACCAAGAAAGAUCUCCGAGCUCUGGUUUACAGUGGUGAUCACGACAUGAAUAUUCCAUAUGUGGGCACUGAAGAAUGGAUAGAAACGCUGGACUUGUCUAUAAAGGAUGACUGGAGACCUUGGUUUGUUGACGGUCAAAUCGCAGGAUACGUCACCAUCUUUACAGAGGAAAAGUACAGCUUGACAUUCACAACUAUAAAGGGUGGGGGACACACUGCACCAGAGUACAAGCCUAAGGAAUGUCUCGCCAUGAUUGAUAGAUGGUUUUCUUACUACUUCCUGUAGCACAUAUUAUCAGAUAGCUAAUUCUCUUUCCAAUUAGCUUGUUCUUAUUGAUGUAAUAUAUAGUUGGAGAACCUACUAGCUGGAUGUGUUUUGUCAAUAAAUGGCUAGCUGUACUGUAAUAGGUUGUACAAUGUUCUAAAGGUGAAUCGGGUCAGAUCUAUCUACGUGCAUAAACAUUGAAA